GGUACGAGAAUUAAGUUAAGCCACCAGGUAAUGCCGUUAGUCAUCCCGCGCUUAUAGUAUCGCUAGUCGAGUAGCCUAAGCACGCCACAUCGCUCAUCCGCUUCUGGAGGUUUGUUGAUUAACGUGAUGCUGCUUCACGAAGAAAGCUAUCAUGGCUGAAUGAUUGCUAUCUCCAACAACAAACACUCGAGCCGGAUCCCUGACACCUUAUCUCUCGUUGAGAUACGCGGGGACUUGAGCAAGUCUCGGCACUGCGAUAUCAUUCUUGGUAUUUCGUAAAACAUGCAACAUCUUAGAAUGUACUGCGUGCUUGGCUAGAUAACACCAACACUCAUGCCCCGUCUGUGCAAUCCCCAUCUCUGUGGCAUGGGGCUCAUCCCAGUAAUGCAUGGUACUCUGUCGUGUGUGGCGGCUUGGCUUGGGGAGAAUGUACAACAUGUUAUGGGUUGGAAUAGUGCCUCGACUUCUUGGCUCUCUUGGUUCUCUUGGCUCUUCUUUCGAACGACUCGUCCGCUUGCACUUUCUCUUGGCAUCGUCGUCUCCUCGGGCAAAUCCCAACUCUCAAUCAACCAGUACUCCUUGGUCUUCUCCACAAUGUCUGCCAACAAGUGACUCUGAGUCGGCUUACCCGAGCCACCAGGUUAUCAAGACCAAGGAGUUGAUGCUUGUUGUCUUGGCGAUGGAGAAAGAAUUUCGUAAUGCUCACCUUCUCUUCUUAGCCAGGCCAAGCUUGAGUGUUUCUUUCGAUGUGUCGCAUCUUUGCUGGUUUCGGCACGCGAUUCUCUGGGCACUUCAUCCAUGCCCUGGUGUCACUCUCUUGACAGAAUUUCUUAAUGCUCCAUAACACCUGCUCCCAUGUAGCCAGCUUGGCUUGGCGAUAGGGAGUGCCAUGAGGUAUAAAAGCUGAGGUGUGCUCUCGACGUUUGACUAGGAAUUGCAGUGCCAGUCCUCGUCUCCAUUCCGUCUCUUGCCAAAGCUACUUCACGGUCCUCUCUUGUCUUUAGUCCUUGAAACUCAAGCCAAGCUUGCUGUUCCUGCAAUGGCCACCAAGGAUGAGUUCAAGGAUGUCCCCGAGGCACACCCGGUACAGGUGCCUACCAACUCCAGCAGCGACAUUCCUCACGACCAUGCCG